CUAUUAAUCUAAAUCAUUUGAUUGAUUUAACAGUCCCCUAUAUGUAGCUGGCCCAUGAAUUAAUUCAAUAGUGAAUUCAAUAGAAUGGAAAUUAAAUUAGAUUUGAAUAUACUUCACUGACCCUGGACUGUCAACAAGAGUUUGCACUCCAGUCUCAGACAACCCCCUGCUGUGAACCUGAUGAUGUAAGCAGUCCAGUCACAGCUGGAGUCCAGCCAAACCCAAACACUGCGGAGCUGCUCCAAGAGGAUGUGCGUAUGCAGUCCUGAGAGCUUGAUCAGAGCUCACGAACAACACGCUCCUGCUGAAGACCAUGAAGCCCAAGUCUCUCUGUGUCCCGCGGCUUGGCCUCUUUGAGGAUGGCAGAUACAGGCGGCAGGUCGAUACCGGCGCACCGGAGCAGAACCAGAGAGAGAAACCCAGAGAUCUGCGCUUUACUUUACUGCCAGAGAGAACUCCAUAUGAGCCUUUAGUGGAAGAUGACAGUCAACACAAUCUAAAGGAGGAAAAGAAAGCAAAAAAGAAAGAAAAGUAUAAAAAAUACAGAAAGAACGUAGGAAAGGCUCUUCGCUACAGUUGGAAAUGCCUGAUGUUGGGUCUGCAGAACUUCACUGUGGGAUAUUCCACCCCUCUUUCUGCUGCUGCUUCAGUUGUCCCAGAUUUCCAUCCGGGAGGAGCCUGGGGUUGAGACAAUCUGUGACCAGCAUUCGUACUUUAUUUGUACCUUUAUGGACCCUUUAAUGCUGCAUGUCCAGAUGCUUAUUUAAAAAUGGACAAUACAUCUGCCCUGAGCAGCUACCUGUCAUGCUGUAAAAUUGUUCAAUUGUUGUAAAUAUUUUCUCUUUGAAUUUGUGUUAAAGUGGAGUUUUCAUCUUGCAUUAGUGAUUUACAGCUAUAAGAAAGACAUGGAUCUCUUUUUACUUUCAGAUCUAUCUGUAUAUAUUUUGCUUUGAUUGAAAGAAUGGAUAUGAAUUUCUGUACUGAAGUAAUAAAAUGCAAUUUUUCUCUAUCACUCUUCAGCAAGUUGCAAGUGAGAUAGUCACCUGAAUUCUUGCUGUACAGAUGUAAUGAUGACAAAGGUGAAAGUGAUGUACACUCUUAACUGGAAGAGAUGUGUUUAUCCUCUGAAUGAAAUGCCCUCUGAAAUGUUUUAUUUGAUUUAGUCCAUUUCAUGGACAAAAGAUAGGAUUUGCUUGACAUAAGGAAGCUGAAUGCUCUUAGAGAGGGAAGUAAGUGUUUUCAAAUGGUAACUGGGUCAAGAGCCUUAAAGACAAAGGGAUGGGAUUAUGAAAAACCACAACAGGAAAAGACAGUCUGGCACAGGGCAGAGAAAUGGCUGUGCUGUGACUUGUUCAAUAGGGUUAGUGAAGUAUCUGUCAUACCUGUAACACCUGUUUAAAAUGAAUCAUAAGAAAUGUGAUGGAAAAACUUUAAUAAAUGAAAAAUAUGAA